AUGAAUCACCUUGGUUAUCAAAACUUUGUUGGCCAUAAUCACUUUGGUCAUAAUCUGAAUAUCAAUUUUUUACGUCACAAUCAAUUCAAUAAUGACCACAACUAUUUAACAAGAGAUCAAAUUUUGGUCAUAGCAGUUCAGCUCAUAACAAGUGCUACGGCAACAGCCGCAACAGCAAGUACAGAGGCAGCAGUUAUAAUAAUAAUUGUUAAUCUACUAGUUGUUUCCUU